ACAAUUGCAAGCGGAUAUGUUGAAGUGAGGUUAUGGGAUGUCGAGACGAGGAAACUUAUCGCCAAAUGGUCAGGACACAAAGCUGUGUGUGCAUUGUGCUGGAGUGCAGAUGGUAAACGAGUGCUAAGCGGAUCUUGGGAUGGGACGGCAAGAGUCUGGGAUGUCGAGAGCAGCCAAACUGUCCUGACAAUCAAAACCGGGCACGAUCAGGUGAACGCGGUAAUCUACUCGCCCGAUGCAGCAAAAAUUGCAACCGGUAAAGACAACGUGUCUGCAGUCAAAAUCUGGGAUGCCAAGACGGGCAAGCUGCUUAACACGCUCAAACACAUUUAUCCUGUUUGGAGCUUGGCAUGGACGUCGGACGGAAAGAAACUUAUCUCCGGUUCAAAUCCAAUUAGAAUAUAUGACACAACCACUUGGGAGGAGGUCACCAAUCUCGGCGGUAACACACUCUUGGUCUCAGAACAACCGCCUUCUGUGUGCAUCAGGUGAUAAAACAGUGCGCUUGUGGAAUCUGGAUACAAACCUUCCAGUCGGUCCACUCCUCCAGCACGAAGAUUACGUGCAAUGCGCAGCCCUUUCCGCUGAUGGAAAGCUGCUAGUCACUGGCUGCCAAAACAAAAAUGCGUACACCUGGGACAUUCACGCCAUCCUCAAAAGAGCUGGCCUUGAAGACCUCCUUCGGCCUUCAUCUGAUGUAACGGCAGCGGAUGCUACGCAAGCCGUGGAUGAUGAACUUUUGCCAGAUUUUUUCAAUGAUGCCACAGAUGGUCCUAAUUCCUCCAGAACGUACGGUAACUAUUACCGUUCCUCUUCCCGCCGUCCUCGCCCUCUCGCAUCCUCUUUUGGGAGUGUCAAUACACUCUUCGCAACACUCAAGGCGAGCCUUAUUGUCUCGCGGGCCUCGUAUCUUCAAAGUGGCUGCAGUCAAGGACAGAGAGGUUAUAUUUACUGUUCCCCCGCUGCCAGAAAAAACACAGCAGCAAACCCAAUCGCACGCUCAGGAAUCAUCCACGACACAGCCUGCUUCAGGUACUAAUCCUACUACACCACGUCCCAGAUACCCACUAUCUGUCCGAUUAUUGGCUCUUCUUGUGCUUUUUCUCUGCUGCGCUUCACCUCAGGACGCUGAUGGAAAUGCACAACCAAUACAACAGGAAGGCCAACCACAAUGCCAAGUCCAUACCCAGGCAUCAUCAUCGCAGAGUCAUCCUGCCACCCCCUCGACAUCCACGACACCACCUGCUCCUACUAGUACUGUUGCAUCAGGUGCAGCGACCGUGCAGUCACGACCUCUUCCACUGCGAGCUCGCUUCGUGCUGUUUCUUUGUUGUACAUCUCCCCCACAUGCCGAUGGUCAUUAAUACAGGUAGUACAUAACUACUUCCCAUUUACUUCCAGUUCCUUUGUACUCUUAUCUUUUCAUCUCGCAAC